GUGCAGUAUUUGUGGGAAGCACUUGGCAAGUGGAAAACUGUUAGAGCGUCACAUGGCCAGUCACAAAAGGCAGUACCAGUGUGACCUAUGUAACAAACCUUAUAGCAACAGCACCAAUUUGGCACAACAUGUUCCACUCUGCAGGCAGAGUCGUCAGGUGGCCUCUGUUGGACGUGUUGCAUGUGAGGACUGUGCCAAGGAGUUCACCGAUGCAUCUGUCUUCCGUGCCCAUUACCUCACUCACACACAUCCCUUUCAUUGUUCAUGUUGUAAUCAUAGAUUUCGGACACGUGUUGGAUAUGAGGUUCAUGUUUGUGACGUUGAUCAACCUUGUGACCAGUGUAGUGCUGUGUUUCGGUCAGUGCAGGCACUCAACCGCCAUUUUGCAGUACAUGGCCCUCCUCCACAUACAUGUGUAUCAUGUAGACGAUCUUACUAUAGAAAGGAGAGCUUGGACCGUCAUGUAUGCAGUUUUGAGGCAGAUAUUAAAGAAAAUUGCAAGCGUAAAGAGAGCAGCAGGUUCACUUGCAGUGUCUGUGGUGCUGUGUUAGCUACUAAACAUAGCCUCAACACUCACCUGCGAUCAGCUCAUGGUGGUUCUGCUGCCCGAGAAUUAAACUGUGAGAUAUGUGGCAAACAGUUUCAUCGGAAGGAUUUGCUGCGUGAGCACCAGGCAGUACACAGUCCUGCAUCUUUUCCAUGUCCUACUUGCAAAAAGCUAUUCAAAACACGCAAGUCUCUGGAGGUACACAUGCUACUUCAUCUUGGAAUCAAAAGAUUUGCCUGCAAAUAUUGUAAUAAGAAAUUUCAUCAGAAAGUAAAUUUAGCCCGACAUGAACGCAGUCACAUGCCCAGAGGUGCUGUAAAGUGCCAGUAUUGUGGCACCCAAUGCCUUUCAACUGAUGACCUGAAAGCCCACCUGCUGUCUCACACACUGUUACAAUCUGACCUCUCACCUGAUGUCAAACAGCAAGAUGAUCCUACUGAUUUUGCUACAGAGAAAGAAGCAUUCCAUGGUGAAAAUUUGCAUAGAUAUCAGAAAGAGGAACCAAACCCUAAUGAUGUAGAUCCAAAUCUUGACCCUGAAUGUGGGACAGAGCCAAAACUGGAAAUCAUAGCUAAAACCAACAUAGAGGCAGAUAAUGAGUCCAUUACCAGCCAGGAUAGUGUAAUGCAUCCAGAGCAUAGUAUAGUAAAAGAAAGAAUGGAGGCAAGACUUAAUGUAGAGUCUGAAACUCGCAGAAUUGCUUCUGAUAAAUGCGUACAAUCAGAUUCUGCGUCAGUUUCAGGAAUUAACGGUCAUUCUACGGUUUUCAUGCCUCACAAGAUAUCAAAUAUUUGUCUUCCUUCUAAUCAGUCUCUGACUGGUAAUUGUCUAGCACCCAAUCAAUCUGAAACUAUACCAUUAGGAUCUGCACAAGAUAUCUGUAGUUCUGACCUUUAUCCAGUUGAAAAUAACUCAUUAAAUUCUGAAGUGUGCAAAUUACCAUCAAAUGUACUACUUCGGCCUGCUCCAGUGUCAUGUGUUGGCGGUGCAACACAUGUUUACAAUUUAAAAGCUAAUGAAAAUUGCAAUGCAAACGUGGUAAGAUGCCCUGAUGAGCAGUUUCCUCAAAGUCAUCGUGAGCUUGUGAAUGAUGAUGCUGGUAAAGAUUUGACCCUUGGUUCUUGUUCAGCAUUGGUUGAACAAGUAUGUUUGUAUGAAUCUACCUCUACUAAUGUCUCAGUGACUACAGCCACAACACAAACGCUUGAAUGUCAUGGUCUUAGUAAUGAACAAAUUGUUGAGAGUGUUGUCCUCAUGGCAGAUCCACCUGCUACUGAUUGCUAAAAAAAGUUAAUUUACAGACUUUAAUUUUGCAUCACAGUCAUGUUCCUACUCAGUGGGCAUAAGUGAUGAGAAAAAAUGUUUUUCUAAUUAUCUAAGAGUAAAUGUUUAAAAUUUUUGAGAUUUGUAUGGUACAGUAGCUUGGCUGAGUGCCUGGUGACCCCUGGGCAAUCAGUCUAGUAUUGCUCUGUAUACCAUAGACAUGUAACUGACAAUGUCUUAAUAAACUCUGGCUAUGUUA